GUCGGUCCGUCGGUUGGGUUGACUGUGGGGUCAGAGUAUGCUGGGUAAAUAGAACAACACAGGGUUGGGGGUUGAAGCCUGGCAGUGCCUGACCUGGUGGCACGGCCUGAGCUGCGCGAGCCGUAGAAUCUGGAAGCCGAAUUUCGAAUCGUUUGAAGUGGCCGGUGGAAUGAAAUGCCGUUAGGUUGCUAGUGCCCAUCAGGGAGGGCACUCGACUCGUUCCUUCCCUCGCGCGAUAGCGUUUCCUGCGCUCGUGCGCAGCCUCCCCUCCCCGGGCGGGUGGCGUCGCGUCGACUCUCGCUCGGUGCCCACCUCCCUCACGACUUUUGUAAGGAAGGCAGCGCCUACGGUUGGUGGGGGAGGUGGUGGCAAACUUGGUUUCUUGUUGCGCUCCGCUACACUUUUAAGAAGUUGCCUCUCCGCUCUGUGAGCCAUGAAGAAAUUCUCUCGCAUCUCGAAGCCUGAGGGAGCGGGCUAUGUCGGAGCUGGAGCAGGAGGCGGCGGUGGCGGCUCCUCGACGGGAAGUGCCGCCAACUACCUGGGCAGAACGUUCAGCGUGGGCCGUUACCAGGUGACCGUGGAGGAACUGAUCGCCGAAGGUGGAUUCUCCAUUGUGUUCUUGGCUCGAACUGUCAGUGGAGUACGUUGUGCCCUAAAACGCAUGUAUGUUAAUGACGCCCAUGACUUGAACACCUGUAAAAGAGAAGUCAUGAUUAUGAAAGAGCUGUCAGGCCAUAAAAAUAUUGUUGGUUAUUUGGAUUGUAGCAUUACAUCAGUUGGUGAUAAUGUUUGGGAAGUACUUAUUCUCAUGGAAUAUUGCCGAGCGGGACAAGUGGUGAAUCAAAUGAACCAGAGGCUGCAAACAGGUUUUGCUGAAACAGAAGUUCUGCAGAUUUUCUGUGAUACCUGUGAGGCAGUUGCAAGGCUACAUCAGUGCAAAACCCCAAUUAUUCACAGAGAUCUCAAGGUUGAAAAUAUUUUGUUGAAUGAUAAUGGAAAUUAUGUACUGUGUGAUUUUGGAAGUGCGACUCACAAAAUUCUUAAUGCACAAGUACAUGGUGUCAGUGCUGUGGAGGAUGAAAUCAAAAAGUAUACAACAUUGUCUUAUAGAGCCCCUGAAAUGAUUAAUCUUUAUGGAGGAAACUCAAUCACAACAAAGUCUGAUAUAUGGGCUCUUGGAUGCUUGCUGUACAAACUUUGUUUCUUCACUCUACCCUUUGGAGAGAGUCAAGUUGCAAUCUGUGAUGGGAGCUUUACUGUGCCAGACAACUCUAAAUAUUCUCAGAAAUUGCACUGCUUAAUACGAUACAUGCUUGAACCAGAUCCAAACAAGAGACCUGACAUUUACCAAGUUUCAACUUGUGCAUUUAAAUUGGCUGGAAAGGAAUGUCUGCUGCCAAAUGUAUUUAAUGUUCCCAUCCCAGCAGUACUUCCUGAGCCCAUGACUGCAAGUGAGGCAGCUGCCAAGAAGAGUCAAACAAAAGCUAGGCUAAGUGAGGCAGUAGGCCCAACGGAGACAUCAAUAGCCCCAAGGAGAAGACCUAAAGCCAAUAGUGCUGUAAAUACAAAUGUUUUUCCAAUCCAGAAUACAGUAACUCCAAUGAAAACUGUAAUCUCAAGUGCCUGUGGAAAUCUUGGCCGAAAAGUUGCUGCACAAGCUGAGAAUGGACAUUUCUUCCAUACGGCUCAGGAGACCAGUCAACAGCAUCAUAGGGUCCUGCAGCAGAUACAACAAGGAGACUUGAAGCAACAUCAACUCCAACAGUUGCAACAGCAACAGAUAAUUAAUAGUCAGACUCAAAAGUAUCCGCAGGCUUUGCAGCAGUCAGCACAGCGAUUACAGCAGCAACAAUUAAUGAUGCAAUCAAUGUGCUAUCAACAGCAGCAAAUGCCUCCCUACUCAUCUGUGGUAGAACAAUACGAACAUGCUUUUGCACAACCUCCGCUUGCUGUGCCCCAGCAUUCACAAUUUCAGUCCUCACCACAUGAAUACCAAACUACGUCAGUGGGAUUUGUUUCUCCAACCUCACCAAUAUCCCAUCAACCUGCUGGCCAUCAUAGGAUCCAGAGUGAUUUCUCACAUGGUUUAGCUUUUGUGAUCACUGGCAAUAAUCCUUUACAGCCUGUUGGAACAAUGACAGUAGAAUCUUCCAAUAAAUCAGUUAGGCCAACUUCUUUAGAAAUGGAUGGUAUUCCCAUUUGUCCACCACAGAAUAUCAGUAACCCUCCUGACAUGUCUGGAUGGAAUCCAUUUGGAGAGGACAACUUCUCAAAUUUAACUGAGGAAGAGCUGCUUGAUAAGCAAUUUGACCAGCUCAGAUCAUAUAUGAGUGGUAAACAAGAGCACCGGAGAACUUCUAUAGAGGCGGAAAUUGAGCCACGUCCUAUUCUACAGAUCCCAGUUAAGGAAGACUUGUUUGGCUGUAUUCCGUUUGUUUCUGAAACAGGUUCAAAUGGAAAAUGUGAAGAAAAUGCAACGAUUUCAAGUACUGUUUCAGAGUGUGGAUUUAAAAUUGACAAACAAGGACAAGGUGUCCUGCCACUCACUCGUCAAAGCAAAGAAGGGAGAAGAAAUGACUCAAAUUUAAUCAUGCAGCAAGACCAUAAUAAAAGAGGUCAAGACUCAGAGAGUGAUUUUGAGUCUGACCCACCUACCCCUCAGAGCAGUGAAGAGGAGGAACAAGAGGAGGAGGAGUUUCAUAGUGAACAAGGUGAAUUUAAUGAUGUAGAAGCAGAAACCUUUGGGCAGAGACCUCUGCUAAUGGACUCCGAUGAAGACGAAGUGGAUGAGGAAGAAAAACACAGCUCUGAUUCAGAUUAUGAACAGAAACAGAUGUAUAGUAUAGCAGAACCAGGUUUAGAAUAUAAUGCUGAUGCUGAAAGUAUUGCAAGUGCUGAAUCAGCAACAGCACUCAUCACCCCUCCAGAUUCGCCUCAAGUUAAAGGGACCAAAACAUUACAGGGUGAAGUUGAUAUAUUCGGUGCUGUGCCAUUUGUUGGUUUGCAUCAGCACGCACAACCCAGCGAAAGAUUAGAAAAUAAAGAGAGUUUUCAAAAUACAUGUUUCAAAUCAGCCACCCAUAAAGAGCAAGAAGAGUUUGAUGUAUUCAGCAAUGCACCUUUUACUAAGAAAUUACCUCAAACGGUUCAAUAUAGUCAGGGUACUCUCACGCAGACACCACCUAUUUCACCCAAUGAUGUAGACAUGUUUGGUUCUGCUCCAUUCCAGCCAAUUCAGACUGUACAGUACAGAAAGGAAAGCAAUGAGGAUGUAUUUGGACAUGUCCCUUUUGAAGAGAUCACAGCCAGUCAACUGCACAAGAUGAAGCAACGCAGUUUACAGAAACUUUCAUCUCGGCAACGGCGCACCAAACAAGAGUCAUCUGGUGGAACUGGCAAGCGACAUCAUGGCACACCAACGACAACAAGAAAACCUUCCAAACCUACCUAUAGAACUCCAGAGCGAGUGCGCAGGCAUAAAAAAGUAGGGAGGCGUGAUUCACAAAGUAGUAAUGAACUCCUUAACACAUCUGACUCCAAGGAGAAUAUUGGUGUAACACUUACUGAUGGAAAGGAGAAAUGUCAGUCAUUGCCUUCUGAUGAAAGCUUGCUUGAUCCCUUCGGUGCCAAACCAUUCCAUCCACAAGAGCUUCAAAAAAACACUCAGUAUCAAGGGCUAAGUGAUUGUCGAGGAGAACACCAUCCAGUCGCAAGCAGAUCAAGACCAGGUUCUGUACAUGGGGCAUUUCUCACUGGAGAAGGGCUAACAACAGAUGAUUUUGGGGCAGUUCCCUUUACUGAACUAGUAUUAUGUACUGUUACACAGCAUCACAGUGACUUUGAUCCAUUUGGUGCAGCACCAUUUCCUUCCAAACAGUAGAAUCAGUAGUCUUCCAGUAGAACAGAAUCCAUAUCUACUUUGUACAAAACUCAUUUUCCACCACAAGGCCUUACAAACUGGGCUUUUUCCCCCAAUGCUAUGCAAUACCUCUGAGCCAUCAUAGGGGAUAUCACAGCUGACACUCUCCUUAAAUUUUUAUUUCCAUUGCCUGGAAUUAGACUGUGUAUGAUUUGUUUCAUUUCUUAAUUCUGCAUUUUACAGAAUUUAUAGCUUUCUGCAACAAAUCCUGAUUUUUUUUUUAAUUAACCCUAAAUUUUAGUGAAAAUGAUUGAUUGUUCUGAAAGAGUAUGAGCUUGCAGAACUGCAACUACUGGUUAACAUUUUGAGAUUGAUUGAUUAGAAAGGGAUUGUGGAACUUGAUUAUGUAAAUUAUGUAUUUUGCUAUUUGAGGUGAAGGGUUUCCAAAUGAAUUCCAAUGUAGAAUGUGCUCGCAAUCUUCAGACUAGCAUAACGUCAGAAUGUGUUUUGCAGCUCUUCAAGUUGUCAUAAUGUGCAGCCACAGUUUUAAAAUGUCAAGACUUACAUGCUUAAAGCUGGAUUUGAAAUGCCCCCUGUAUUUUUGUGAUAUUACUGUGUUUUAAAGCUUGUGUUCAGCUAGGCUGCUUCUGUGUGAACAGGAAUCAAACACCCAGCAUAUAGUCUAUUUUUAUUGCUGCGAUAAAGUUUUAAAAAGUGCACUUUUCAGACUUGGACUUGAAAGUGAGCAAGUCUCCUUUCUCGUAUUAAUAGUUUAAUUAUAAUUUGUUAAACCUAUCAUUUUGUAUUGAUCGCAGUCUGCUUCAUGGUUUUCUUUCUACUGUUUUCCAUAUAGGGAGCGCUGAUACUUACAAUUUUCCUUGCAAACUUCAGUUUUCAUUUUAACAAUAUGAUUAGAAGGAUUGGUUUCCUAUACUCCCUUUGUUUAUAUUCAUUGAUAACUGCUUUCCAAUGAAGCAAUAAAUUCAACUUGAAGUUAAGGUUAUAAUGGAUUGAAUAUUUCAUUUGUAUUAAGGAAAGCAGAGAAGCUUUGUUUAGUUCAAGCUAUCUCAAACUUCAGUUAAUUUAACUCAGUUCAUGUUUUAAAUUUGAAAAUUGUGAAAAUUGAGUAACAAUUAUAAUGAAAUGGUGAAAAUCAACUUUCAGGCUGCAAAAUUGAUUGUUCACUCAUCAGACAUUGUACAUUUCAUAUUGUGAAAAACAGCUCAAUCCUUUUCUGCACCUCCUGUGUUGUUAAUUAUGUCUCUAUUAGGGAUAAAGUAAAAGGAUUAAUGUCUUCCACACUGGGGAAGAAUACUCCUUCAUCAGGAGAAGCCAGCUGACCGAAAUCUACAAUAUUUUGUCAAGAAAUGGAAAAAAUAAUGGGCAUGUUUUCAACAUGUAACUGUUUCUUAGUGCUUAAUAAGCAACACACAAUGAAGAAUAACAUUGAAAAAAAUGAACUUUUUAAACAUAUGCAGAAUCCAAGCACAGCCACAUUAGCUACAUAAAUGGUGGCACCAAUGUUGGCAGUUGAAAUAUGGGCAGAGGAUUCAUUCCGGACUGGAAUGGAAUCCUCGUUUAUUGUAUACUAAAUUGUUAGUCAAAUGUAGAAUCAUUUUGAUAACUAUACCCUCAUGGGGGCAUGAAGUCAUUUUUAAUACCCCACUUCUUUCAGCCCAGCUAACAGUUAAGUGAAAUUUAAUUCAGGGCACAAAAUGGAGAGUGGUGAAUCAGCUUCCUGCAGUGUACAGUAUUACAUAUAAAGGAUAUACAGCAGAAACAAACCAUGCUGACAUUCAUACUUUACUCAAGCUUCAUUCCCUUCAUUUCUAAUUUAGACUUACCAUUGGAGCAGCAUGGUGGCUCAGUGGUUAGCACCUCUGCCUCUCAGCAUGAGGGUCUGAGUUCAAUUCCACCCGCGGGCAACUGUGUGGAGUUUGCACAUUCUCCCAUGUCUGUGUUGGUUUCUUCCCACUGUCCAAAGAUGUGCAGGAUAGGUGAAAUGGCCAUGCUAAAUUUGCCAUGUGGUCCAGGGGCAGGUGGGCUAGCCAUGGGAAAUGCAUGGUCAGAGGGAUAGGUAGGACAUGCUUGGAGAGUUGGUGUAGAUUCAAUGGGCUGAAUGGCCUGUUCCUACACUGUAGGGAUCUAUUCUUUGAAACUACCUAUUUCCUUCUCCCUCAUAUGCUUGUGAAGCCUCCCUAUAAACACAUUGCUACUAUUUACUUCAUCUACUCCUUAAGGUGGCAUAUUACACAAUUACUGCUGUUGGAUUAAAUAGGUUUCAUCUGAACUCACUAUUGGAUUUCUUGGGGACUAUCUUAUAUUGGCAGCCUUACUUAUUGUCUGCUACACAAGCAGUACAAUUCCGUGUCUAUUCUGUAUCAAAAUCUUGCACUACCUCAUUUGUGUUUAACUUAGUUUUCCAAAUAUUUGAGCAUUUGUCAAUUUUUAAGUGUUCCUGUAAUUGUUGCAGUCCUCCUCAGUAUUGACUAUCCACCCAAUUUGGUGUCGUCUGUAAACUUAGAUUCAGAAUCCAAACACUACUACUAAAUUUAAUGUAAAUUGUGAACAUGAAUACUUCACUCUAUUCCUGGAGGCCAGCUGGCAAUCCAUUCUGCCACUUGCAUCAAAUCCACAUUAAAGUGGGGGGGGGGGGAGGAAUACUCCAAAUGCUGGGGAUUGUAGAUUAAACCAGAAAGUGUUGGAGCAUCUCAGAGGCUGCAAGAACAUCUGGGGCAAGCAAGUUAAUAUUUUGAUUCCAAAUUAUUUCAAGCCAAAAAAAUCAUACUGCUCUGUCACUGCUGCCAGACCUGUAGCUUCUCCAGUACUUUCCUGGUUUUGCACAACAUCCUCUGACAGUUUCAUUUUGGUAUUUUGAGUAUUUCAUCGAAGGUAUUUGGAAAUCCUACGUAAAUGCCAUCAAUCUUACCACUGCUUUACCAUCUCUCAAAUUCAGCAGCAUUGGUCAAGCAAAUCUUUCAUUUUGAAAUCUAUAGUUACUACUGAUUAUUAUAUUUAUCAUAAUUUAGAAAUCAAAACAUUAACUUUGUUUCUCUGUCUGUGGAUGUUCCUUCUCCUGCUGAGGUUCUCAAACAUUCUCUGGUUUUAUUUUCCAACCUCUCUAGUCUAGUUCUAUUUGUCCUAUCACUGAUUGAGCUAUGAUUUCUGGGAUAUGUUCUAUCCCCAUUCUUAAAGAAAGGAAUUACAGAAGUACUCAACUGCUAAUCUCUUGACGCUACAUACUUAUCUAACUAAUUAAAUGAAUAAUACAGGAGCAAAUUACUGUGGAUGCUGGAAUUUGUAACAAAAAUAAAAAAUGCUGGAGAUUGCAGCAGGUCAGGUACAUCCAUGCAGAGAAAGCAAGCUAAUGUUUCAACUCAAAAUGUUAGCUUGCUUUCUGUGCAUAGAUGCUGUCUGACCUGCUGCGAUCUCAGCAUGUUGUUUUCAGUAAUACCUUUGCUAUCUCUCAUCUCUUAUUUUAAAAUACAGAUGGGCAAUGUGUCCAGCCUAGGUCUAUUCAGUGCAUGCCCUUUUUUUAUUUGUCAGUGUUCUAUGUCUUUAAAUGUUACUUCAGUACUUUACUAACAUUUAUGGUAUCUUCCUCUUGUUGGCUAUGAUAUUGUCUAUUCUCAUUCUAUCCCUAUCACAGCUUCCAGUAUUAUAUCCCAAUUGUUUUCUUUCCCCCUCUUCCCACCUCCUCCACCACCCCCCUUGUUUCCUGUUGCCCACUGAAGUCAAUGGAAGGGAAAAUUGGGGGGGGAUGUUAGUUUCAUAUUUUGGAAUUCUAGUUAAUCAUCACAUGGGGCUGUUCAGGUGCAGUGGUAGUAUCCCUGCCUUUUGAAUUAGGAGACCCAGGUUCAAGUCCCAACUGUUAUCAGAGUUGUAUAAUAACAUCACUGAACAGGUUGAUUAGAAAAUUUUUUAAUCUUGACUAGUGGUGGUGGUGGGAUGGGGAGGAAAGGAAUUUCAUUGUAUGGCUUUUGUAGAUUGAUUACUGUUUUGACUAGCACCCUCAUUAAACCCACAAAAAUUAUAUACCUCAAAUACUGGAAGUUUGCUGUAUUAUAGCGAUCUUUGCAAUGUCCAAGCAGUCAGUUGAAGGUAAGUCAGUUCUUGUUUUUUAAGGCAUAGUUGCUUGAUUAUUUGUGAUUUACACUGUAUAUGAAGUAUAAUUGUGAUGCGUAUAUCCCCUGCAAUAAGUUUCUAUUACUUAAAUUGGUGUAAAAACAUGCAUUUAGGUGGACUUCAUGAUCAACCAAUGCACUCCUGGUUACAUAAGUGCAAUUCAUUAAAAUGUUGGCUAUACCUCAUUUCUUGCACAGCCCAUAUUCUUAAAAUGAUCUGAUGUUAAUUAAUUUGCAUUUUCCUCCUGUCAUCUAUUCUUACCAUUUGAUAUUCUGCACAAGCCUCUUUGGUUUGUUAAAUUACUCCAGCAAUUUUGCUUCAUCCCACAACUUCAGGUAUUAAAUGAAUUAUUUUAAAAAUUGUGUUGGAAAAUAUUUUUAUUGAUAAUACAUUUCUACAGAGGAGAAGAAAAGAAAUUAAGCUCCAAAUAAUGUCAGACAAAACACCCAUCUUUUCUCUCACUGCAUUCCUCAAAAUAGACAUCCAGUUCCAGGAUUUGCACGAAUUUUCCAGAUGAAGAGCUUGUCAUGUGAUUCAGAUAUUUAAGAGCAAGUAACCACCAUUUUCUAA